UUGUGCGCCCGGGAAACCCCGUCGUUCCCUUUCCCCUGGCAGGCAGCGCGGAGGCCGCACGAUGCCUGGAGUUACUGUAAAAGACGUUAACCAGCAGGAGUUCGUCAGAGCUCUGGCAGCCUUCCUCAAAAAGUCCGGAAAGCUGAAAGUCCCCGAAUGGGUGGACACAGUCAAGCUGGCCAAGCAUAAAGAGCUUGCCCCCUAUGAUGAGAACUGGUUCUACACACGAGCUGCUUCCACAGCACGGCACCUGUACCUCCGAGGUGGUGCUGGGGUUGGCUCCAUGACCAAGAUCUACGGAGGACGGCAGAGAAACGGUGUCAGGCCCAGCCACUUCAGCAGAGGCUCCAAGAGUGUGGCCCGCCGCGUCCUCCAAGCCCUAGAGGGGCUGAAAAUGGUGGAAAAGGACCAAGAUGGGGGCCGCAAGCUAACACCUCAGGGACAGAGAGAUCUGGACAGAAUUGCCGGACAGGUGGCAGCUGCCAACAAGAAGCAUUAGAACAAAGGAUGCUGGGUUAAUAAAUUGCCUCAUUCAUAA